CAAGUUUAAGAAAAAACAGGGCGGUAUUUACACGACGUCACGCUCUUUGUAAAAAAAAAAAAAGUCAAGAAAGCUGAAAGGCGGUUUCCAGUAACAGUAGCGGAAUCGAUUGUCUUAACGGUCAGGAAUGUCAGCUGGCAACGACAACGGAGAUCGCCUCAACCAGUUCAAAAACAAAGGGAAGGAUGCCAAUGAGCUCAGGCGUAGGAGAGCGGAAGUCAACGUGGAGCUCCGAAAAGCAAAAAAAGAUGAUCAGAUCCUGAAACGGAGAAACGUUCAAAGCCUUGUUGACGAUCCGAUUUCACCUCUUCAAGAAAAAGAUCCCAAUGCACAGCCUCAUCAGCACUGGUCUGUAGAGGAGAUUGUAGGAGGUAUAAGCAGCCAGAAUGUAGACUUCCAACUGCAGGCUACGCAAGCAGCAAGAAAACUCCUGUCCAGGGAAAAGCACCCACCCAUUGACAAAAUCAUUGCUGCUGGCCUCAUCCCAAAGUUUGUUAGUUUUCUGGCGUUGUCUGAAUGCCCGCCCAUCCAGUUUGAGGCUGCCUGGGCCCUGACAAACAUCGCCUCAGGUACCUCAGACCAGACCUCUGCUGUAGUGGAAGGAGGGGCCAUUCCAGCCUUUAUAAACCUGGUGACAUCACCCCAUCAGCACAUCAGCGAGCAAGCUAUUUGGGCCCUGGGGAACAUCGCAGGUGAUGGAUCCAAUUACAGAGACCUAGUUAUCAAACAUGGUGGUCUCCAUCCACUCCUAGCCUUGCUAGCAACCCCUGACCUGUCUGUGUUUCCUUCUGGCUACCUUCGUAACGUCACCUGGACACUUUCCAACCUGUGUCGGAACAAGAACCCCGCCCCUCCUCUACCUGCGGUGCAGCAGCUGCUUCCUGCCCUGGUGCACCUCCUCCACCACGAUGACAGGGAAGUCCUGGCUGACACCUGCUGGGCUGUUUCCUAUCUGACUGAUGGCACCAAUGAGAGAAUAGAGGUGGUGGUGCAAGCUGGCCUGGUGCCCCGUCUAGUUCAGCUCCUGGCUUGUGGAGAGCUCUCCAUUAUGACUCCAGCUCUGCGGUCGCUUGGCAACAUUGUGACUGGGACAGAUGAGCAGACCCAGUCUGUGCUAAAUGCAGGUGCUCUGGCAAUGUUCCCAAACCUGCUACGCCACCACAAGCCCAACAUCCAGAAAGAAGCAGCCUGGACAAUUUCCAACAUCACUGCUGGCAAAGAAACCCAGAUUCAGGAAGUCAUCAAUGCAGGCCUGAUUCCCAUACUGGUGGAGGUCCUCCAGCAGGGAGACUACAAAACCCAGAAGGAGGCAGCGUGGGCUGUCACCAAUUAUACAAGUGGUGGAACAGUGGAGCAAGUGGCCUACCUGGUUCAGUGCAAUGUGCUAGAGCCUCUGCUCAGUCUACUGACAGUCAAAGAUGGAAAGAUGAUCUUGGUCAUCCUGGAUGCAAUCUACAAUAUUUUACAUAUGGCAUACAAAACAGGGGACAUUGAGAAAUUGUGUCUAAUGAUUGAGGAGCUGGGUGGUUUGGACAAGAUCGAGGCACUGCAAUCCCAUGACAAUGAAGCAGUGUACAAGUCCUCUCUCAACAUCAUUGACAAAUUCUUUUCUGAGGAGAAUGAAGAUGAUCAGUCUGUCGUUCCUGAGGCUGGUGGAGACUGCUAUACCUUCCAGUUUUCCAAUGACCAAAGUACUUUCCAGUUUUAACACGUUGAAUAUGUUACUUGUAACAUAAAAGAGUAUCCUUAUCUUGUGGGAGAUUUUUUUUUGUAUUAUUUUUUAGACAUUUAUACUUUGUACAUGACAGUACAAAAACAAAAUAUGGUUGUUUCACAGAAAUAUUUGUAAAUAAAUUUUAUCCAUACUUAA